AUCACAUUCACAUAUUCACAUUCACACAUUCACUAUAGUAAAAAAAAAAAACAUUUGUCCUUUGACCACAAAGGAACAAACAAACAAGGUUGUUCAUGUUCCAUGUUCCACCAAUCCUUCCAUAAAUUCUCUUACUGAUUUCUCAACUCAAUCACAUAAAUCAUCACAAACCAAACCAAACCAAACCAACACAUAUUUUUCAUUCAUUGGAGUAUAAUGAGUGAACAAUUAGGGAUACUAAAAGUCAUAGUUGUUCAAGGGAAAAGGUUGGUGAUCAGAGAUUUCAAGACAAGUGAUCCUUAUGUUGUGCUCAAACUAGGAAAUCAGACUGCAAAGACCAAGGUCAUCAAUAGCUGCUUGAAUCCUGUUUGGAAUGAAGAGCUGAAUUUCACUUUGACAGAACCCUUGGGAGUUCUCAAUUUGGAAGUAUUUGAUAAAGAUCUUUUGAAAGCUGAUGAUAAGAUGGGAAAUGCAUUUAUCAACCUUCAACCAUUAGUCUCUGCAGCAAGAUUAAGAGACAUUUUAAGAGUCUCUUCUGGUGAGACAACAUUAAGGAAAGUCAUACCUGAUACUGAAAACUGUAUUGUACGCGAAAGCAGUAUCAAUUCCGUUAAUGGUGCGGUUGUGCAGAAUGUUUGGUUAAGGCUUCGUGAAGUUGAAUCCGGGGAGAUAGAAUUGACACUCAAGUUGAUAACUCCUGUUGCUACUUCAAAAUAGUGAAGAUGGUAGAUUUCUAACUAGAUUAUUUAUAGCUGUAACAUUUUUUGUGCUGAGUCUUGCUUAUGAUUAAUUGUUUUAUAAGUAUUUGUAGUACAAAAAAAAUGAACAAGUAGUGGCUUAUGGCUUAUGCCUUAUUUAGUCUUUAUGGUGUGUGAGUGUUUAUUGUGCUUGUAUGAUCUUGUAUCAAAAGAAGAAAGAAAAAAAGAAAAAAAACAGAAGCUAAUUGAAUGAUUGUAUUCUAA